AUGCCUCCCUCCGACCGUCUCACCCAGCUCAAUGAGCACCUCACCUACCCCGCCGGCUGUCUCGCCGGCCAAGUAGCCAUCAUCACCGGCGCAGGCCAAGGCAUCGGCGCCGAAGCAGCACGUCUCUUCGCAAACGAAGGCGCAAAAGUCGUAGUCGCCGACAUCGACACCAAAAAAGCGCACGCCGUCGCCGACGCAAUCAACGCCGCCAAACCAGGCCGCGCCCUGGCCGUCGUCGGCGACAUCGUCGACAAAACCUACAUCACCGAACUAGUCCAGAAAACCGCUGAAUUCGGCAACGGCAAGAUCCACAUCAUCGUCAACAACGCCGGGUUCACCUGGGACGGCGUGAUCCACAAGUCCCAGACAACCGACAAACAAUGGGAAACCAUGCUGGCCGUACACAACACAGGGCCGUUCCUACUGGUCCGCGAAGCAAGCCCUUACUUCCGCGUAAAAGACCAAGAGCCGCGCGUAAUCAUCAACAUCAGCAGCACGAGCGGUAUCCACGGCAAUGCCGGGCAGGUCAACUACGCCGUUGCCAAAGCCGGUGUUGUUGGGUUGACCCGCACGAUCGCGAAGGAAUGGGGUCCUGCGUUCGGCGUGCGGUCGAAUACUAUUGCGUUUGGGUUUGUCACGACGCGGCUGACGGCGGCGAAGGAGGCUGGCGCGUUCGUGACCACGCCGGAUGGGACGAGGGUUGCGUUGGGGAUUCCUGGGAAGCAGCUGGCGGCGAAGACGGGGUCUGUGGAGGAGGCGGAGGCUUAUCCUGGGAUUCCGUUGGGUCGGCCUGCUAGUCCGGAGGAGGCGGCGAGGUCGAUUUUGGGGGUUGCGUCGCCGUGGUUUUCGUAUGUCAAUGGGGAGACGAUUCGGGUUACUGGGGGCCGGAAUAUGUAG